AUGGGUAUGGUAUAUAGCAUAUAUAAGUUAUCCAUUGGGCAUCCUCAUCCAUUCCUCUCUAUCCGCUUCCUUCAUCUCAUCCAUUCCUUUAUUUAUCCUUUUUCCAUCCAUUCCUCUUUAUCCCUUUAUCCAUCCAUUCCAUCUUUAUCUCUUUCUCCAUCCAUUUAUCCUUUCCUCUUUUAUCUCUUUCUCUCCAUCCUUUUUAUCUCUUUAUCUCUUUCUCCAUCCAUUCUCUUUAUCUCUUUCUCCAUCCAUCCAUUCUCUUAUCUCUUUAUCUCUCCAUCCAUUCCUGUUUUCCAUCUCUUUCUCUCCAUCCAUUCCUCUUUAUCCGUUUCUCUCCAUCCAUUCCUAUUUAUCUCCUUUCUCCCAUCCAUUCCUCUUUAUCUCUUUCUCCAUCCAUUCCUUUUUAUCCGUUUCUCUCCAUCCAUUCCUAUUUAUCUUUUCUCUCCAUCCAUUCCUCUUUGUCCUUUCUCUCCAUCCAUUCCUAUUUAUCCGUUUCUCCAUCCAUUCCUCUUUAUCCGUUUUCUCCAUCCAUUCCUCCAUCCAUUCCUCUUUAUCCGUUUCUCUCCAUCCAUUCCUCUUUAUCCGUUUCUCUCCAUCCAUUCCUCUUUAUCCGUUCCAUUCUCUUAUCAUCCAUUCCUAUUUAUUCUUUAUCCGUUUCUCUCCAUCCAUUCCUAUUUAUCUUUUUCUCCAUCCAUUCCUCUUUAUCCCUUUCUCCAUCCAUUCCUAUUUAUCCCUUUCUCCAUCCAUUCCUCUUUAUCCCUUUCUCUCCAUCCAUUCCUUUUAUCCGUUUCUCCAUCCAUUCCUCUUUAUCCAUUUCUCUCCCAUCCAUUCCUCUUUAUCCCUUUCUCUCCAUCCAUUCCUCUUUAUCCCUUUUCUUUAUCUCCAUCCAUUCCUAUUUAUCCCAUCCAUUUACACAAGGUCCAUUCCUCCUUUAUCCGUUUCUCUCAAGAUUGA